AUGGGGAAGAUCGCCAGUGGCGGGUUGCGGGACUUGUGGAGGGAAAUCUGGGGCUCUGUAGGGCAGGAGGAGUUGCGGGGUCUUUUGGGAGGGGGACUUGCGCCUGGUUGUUUUGGUGGGGGGAAACCAAGUUCCGGGGCGAAGGUGCUUUGCCCCCACCCCGGAGCCCGGGGCUGCCCCGGCAGCAGGAAGCCGGGGAAACCGAAAGGACCGGGAGCCGCCUCCUUCCCCGCCCUCGCGGCUAAGCCGGCGGUGUCACGGCCGCGGAGCCGCCCCAGGGGCCCAGCCGGGCUCCCGCAGUGCUUCCCAGAAGGAAUUCUAGGGGUGCAGGUGGUGGCUCUCCCCGGUGCCACCCCUGUCCCCCCCUCCCAGGCCGACAAACGGGCUCAUCACAACGCGCUGGAGCGCAAACGCAGGGACCACAUCAAGGACAGUUUCCACAGCCUGCGGGAUUCCGUGCCCUCGCUCCAGGGAGAGAAGGCAUCCCGGGCCCAAAUCCUGGAUAAAGCCACAGAGUACAUCCAGUACAUGCGCCGGAAAAACCACACACACCAGCAGGAUAUCGACGACCUCAAGCGGCAGAACGCGCUGCUGGAGCAGCAAGUGCGUGCGCUGGAGAAGGCCCGCUCCAGUGCCCAGCUCCAGGCCAGCUACCCCGCGGACAACAGCCUCUACACCAACCCCAAGGGCAGCGCCAUCUCCGCCUUCGACGGUGGCUCCGACUCCAGCUCCGAUUCGGAGCCCGACGAGCCGCAGAGCAGGAAGAAGCUGCGCAUGGAGGCCAGUUAGGCCCCCCCGGCGGCCCCCAGCACGCGGCAGGACUUGCUCCCUCCGCUCCUAGAAGCUCUCGGACUGCAGCUUCCCAGCCCUCCCCGGCCCCUUCCCUGCUCCCACCGCGCCGGCCCCGGGGGGAGCCGGACAGGCCGAGCCGAAAGACUUGGGGGGGUCAGGGAGAGCCCCCCAUCGCUGCCCCCCCCGCUAGUGACCCCCCUCCCCUGUCCCUCCUGGUUUUAUAGGAGCAGUUCUAUUUAUAGCCGGGGACCAGCGCAGUCCGGAGCGGGGAGGAGCCGGGCAGCCCCCCAAAAAAAGGGAGCAAGCACUGGGGGGGUCUCCCUAUUUAUUUUGUCCGUGUGCAAACUCCACCUGCCCGAGUCGGCGGAGCACGACCUGGCAUAGAGCCGGGCUUGGGGGGUCCUGUCCCCCCCCCCUUCCUCCUCCUCCUCCUUCUUUUCCCCUCCUUCGGCCCCUUCCCCACCUCCGUGGCAUUUUCCGAACUCCAGUGGCCCGUCCCUGCCCCGUAGGUGCCCGUUUUCCCCCCAUUUUGAUGCCAUUCCAUAAAUUUAAGGUAUGUUGUACAUACUGCCCAGAGUUGUCUUGCAAGUUAAGGCUUCCCUUUACUAUAAGACUAUAAAUAAUAAA